UUCAGUCUGUCGACAACUAAUUUUAAGAAUGACGCUAUUUCUACAGUUUUCGUAGACCGCCGGUAAGAUUGCACGGCUUAAACGAUUUUCUAUUUAAUUGCACUUGAAUAACAUAAAUAUACAAAAAAAAACAUGUCGUAUUAUCAACAACGGAAUGUCGGACCGCUACCUCCUCCAGCAUUAGCAUCAGACAAGCUACGUCUGUACCAUGUGGACAUGAAUCCUUAUGGACACAGGGUACUGCUCAUCUUGGAGGCUAAGAAGGCGAAGUAUGAGGUCUACAAGCUGGACCCCCUCAGCCUGCCAGAAUGGUUUAGAACUAAAAAUCCUAGAUUAAAAAUACCGGUGCUAGAAAUACCCACGGAAUAUGGCGAUAAGUACCUGUUUGAAAGCGUGGUGAUAUGCGACUAUUUAGAUGAGAAAUAUACCAGGAACCAACUUCACUCGCGGGAUCCUUAUGUCAAGGCACAGGAUCGGCUGCUUAUUGAGAGAUUCAAUGAGUUAAUCAAAGGCAGUUUGGAAUGUUUCGACACUAACUUCGCGUUUGGUAGCGAGCAAAUAAUCCAAACUUUAGACAUUUUCGAAAAGGAGCUGGCUUUAAGAGAAACGAAUUACUUCUCUGGUAAUCGACCAGGGAUGUUGGACUACAUGAUUUGGCCGUGGGUGGAACGGCUGUACCUCCUCCGAUGUGUCAACCAGAGGAAAUUCGAUGAGAAACGAGGACUGUUCCCUAAUUUCGCCGAUUGGGGAGACCAGAUGCAGCUUGACGAUGUUGUAAAGAAACAUGCAAUUUCACCACAGGAGUAUUUUGAUUAUUACAAAAACGCAAGAACCCAUUCUAUGGGGUAUUAUUUAUAAAUCUUCUAGCAAUAGAAUAUUUAAAAACACCGUGAUUUUGAUAUGGGUAGUAUUUUAAUAUCAAAAAGGCCCAAUAUCAUUUGCCUAGAAUUUUUACAACUAUGUUGGGGUCGGCUUUCAGUCUAACCGGAUGAAGCCUAGUGCCUCUGAGUACCAGUGUUUUACAAGGAGCGACUGCCUAUCUGAUGUCCCCAACCCAGUUUCCCGGGCAAACCGAUACCCAAGAAGCAAGAAGGCCAUCAAGCAUUUAUUUCAAGACGAUUUUGUGUGAUUUGACAUUUCGAUAUGUCAAUGUCAAAUUACUUAGAGUUAUUUGGGCGCCAAAAUAAAAUGGAAAUAAGUCAUUGAUUUUUCACUUUAAAAAUGUAUUAAUUACUUAUGUAUUGUGGGUGCUUUUACAUACAGUUAAGUUUAUAUACAUAGUAGGUAAACUUUAUACAUGGUCCUCAGUUAUAAGUACCGUAUUUACCUAUCCAUAUUAAAGCGCUCCUAGACGGUCAAUAUAAUUGCGCAAUAUUAAGAUAAAAAUGUUAUUAAAUAAAAAUUUUGUUUGCCAAAACAUGGAGAAAAAAAUUACUAGUGGAGAUGUCAUAACAGAAAAUCUCCUAAGAAAUUAGCGCGACAACAUGCGUGUUUCCGGGUGGCGAGGAACGUUACAGUCUUCGCCCUUAUUCACCCUUUUGGAUCCCUACCAAUUUUUUCAUGUCUCAAAAAACCGGAACGCCUAGUUAGUUCACACGUAACUGAUUGUUUAGGUUUUUGACCGAGAAAGAGGCGCCUGAACUGCCUGCCUUACGGCAUCUCCACUCAUCUUUCCUCUAUGGCCAGAAAUCAUUGCGCAAUCUUCAAUGUUUACAGAAAACGUUAAAAAAGUUGCGUAAUAUCGUAAUAUUACGCUAGGGACCGUCUAAUCCCGACUUCUAUUUAUAUAGCCCUAUAUGUAUUUCAUCAUCAUCAUCAUCAUCAUCAGCCUAUCGCAGUCCACUGCUGGACAUAGGCCUCUCCAAGUGCACGCCACUGAGAUCGAUUUUCGGCUACUCGCAUCCAGCUCCUGCCAGCCGUCUUGCGCAAGUCAUCACUCCACCGUGCCUGAGGACGUCCUACACUAUAUGUAUUUGCACAAUUAAAAUAAUUAGGAACUUUAACUUUUCAAAAUAGGCAAAAUUACUUUUUAAAUGCAUCGAAGUCAUAAUAAUUAAGUUGUAUGUUUAUUCGUUUUUUAGGAAAAUAAUCUCUUUUGCGUAAAGAUGCGUUUUUAAUGCUAGCUGUCGACUGGAUCGAUAUCUGAGAGCGACUGCACGUGCUGCUGCCGCUUCGAUCCAAAACGGUUUCAUGUAAAUACGUACAAACCAGUAGUGCAGCUGCGGCCGACUUGAUACAGUCGGCAGCUAGCACUUAAAACGUGCAACAAUUUAGCGCGAGUUUCAAAAUUCGAAAUUAUAUUUUGGCAUUUUAUAUAGCAUUUAAUUAUUUUUUUCUGUUUACAUAGUUUUAAGUAUUACUUUGUAAAAAAAUGUACUUACCUACCUUAGGAUAUGCUAUGUUAUUUUUUUAUUUAUAUAUUUGAUUUGAAGAUCUGUUUUUAGUUUAAAGAGUAUUUUUGUUGAACAUGGGUAUUAACUAUUAAGUUACGUUUUGGAAGCGAACUGCCGACUGCACGUGCAAAUACUGUAUGAAGUCGGUCGAUAUCUGAGGGCGACUGCACGUGCUGCUGCCACUUCGAUACAAAACGGUUUCAUGUUAAUACAUAUAAACCAGCAGCAGCUGCAGCACGCCCCAUGUCAGCAGUGGGCUUCCAAAAAAUACCUUUAGGUAUUUACUAUUUUUAUAGAACGUGAAUUACCUUACUAAUUACCGUCUUCUCAAAAAGAAACAGGUUCUCUUUCGUCGUCGAGAUCUUUUGGUCUUUUUUAUUAUUGUUAUUUAUGUUCUUUGGUUACUCCAAAACGUCGGAACCGAUUUGCAAAAUUCUUUUUUUUAUGUAACAAAUAACUGAUUGGAACAAAAAAACAUAUAAAGCCAUUUGAUUCUUGUAACUGCCAGUUCAUUAAUUUCUCUGUCUUCCUGCAUUGCGUAAAAUCAUAAACUUUUUAUUUAUACGUAGUAGGCACUUUAUAAAAAAAAACAUGAACAAAAGUUACUUCUAUUUGUUUGAUCUUGUUUAAUUUUGUUACCUACUUCUAUCUGUGUCUCCAAACUGACUGAGCGAACUUUACGCAGUUUAUUGUAUUUCUACGUACGACGCUACGUUAUGCGUAAUAUGCAUAGACGCUGACAUUCGGCGGCUGACAGUCAGUUUGGUUUGAACGCAGCCUUACACUCGAUUUGAACGGGUUUUUUUUUCAAUUAAUAGUUCUAAGUAUAUCAUUUUCUUUUUGAAGACACCAUAAUAAAUAAAUAAUAUAAUUUAAGUUACAUUUGUAUUUACGUAUGUAUUACAGACUACAUCAGUCAGCCUACCUCAAUCUGUCAAAUGUUUUCAAUAGAGUUUCAACCUUAUCACAAUAGUGAAAGGUUAAUGUUCGAUUGGUUAAUUUUGACAGAUUCGGGUAGGUUGACCUGCUGGCGUCUGUAUUUACGUAUCUAUAUGUAGGUAGUUUGUAAGUUAAUAAAUAUUUUAUAUAAAC